CUUUUCCCCUAGCCCUCCAAGCCACAACAUUGUGGUGAAUGGAAAAGAAUGCAUAAACUUUGCCUCCUUUAAUUUUCUUGGGUUACUGGAUAAUCCUCGGGUUAAGGCAGCAGCUUUAUCAUCUCUAAAAAAGUAUGGUGUGGGGACCUGUGGACCUAGAGGAUUUUAUGGCACAUUUGAUGUUCAUUUGGAUCUGGAAGAGCGCUUGGCAAAAUUUAUGAAGACUGAAGAGGCCAUUAUUUACUCAUAUGGAUUUUCUACCAUAGCCAGUGCAAUUCCCGCUUACUCUAAGCGAGGGGACAUCAUAUUUGUGGAUAGAGCUGCCUGCUUCGCCAUCCAGAAAGGAUUACAGGCAUCACGUAGUGACAUUAAGUUAUUUAAGCAUAAUGAUGUAGCUGACCUGGAGCGACUACUAAAAGAACAAGAGAUGGAAGAUCAAAAGAAUCCUCGAAAGGCUCGUGUAACUCGACGUUUCAUCAUAGUAGAAGGAUUAUAUAUGAAUACUGGGACGAUUUGUCCUCUUCCGGAAUUGGUUAAAUUAAAAUACAAAUACAAAGCAAGAAUCUUUCUGGAGGAGAGUCUUUCAUUUGGAGUGCUUGGCGAGCAUGGCCGAGGAGUCACUGAGCAUUAUGGAAUCAGUAUUGAUGAUAUUGAUCUUAUCAGUGCCAACAUGGAAAAUGCGCUUGCUUCUGUUGGAGGUUUCUGCUGUGGCAGGUCUUUUGUAAUUGACCAUCAGCGGCUUUCUGGCCAGGGAUACUGCUUUUCUGCUUCAUUACCUCCCUUGUUAGCUGCUGCUGCCAUUGAGGCCCUCAACAUCAUGGAAGAGAAUCCAGGUAUUUUUGCAAUAUUGAAGAAAAAGUGCCAACAAAUUCAUAAAGCUUUACAUGGCAUCUCUGGAUUAAAAGUGGUGGGGGAGUCACUUUCCCCAGCAUUCCACCUUCAGCUAGAAGAGAGCAGUGGGUCUCGGGAAAAGGAUAUGAACCUACUUCAGGAGAUUGUAAACCAGUGCAUGAACAAAAGUAUUGCACUGACUCAGGCUCGCUACUUGGAGAAGGAAGAGAAAUGCCUCCCUCCUCCAAGCAUCAGGGUUGUGGUCACAGUGGAACAAACAGAGGAAGAACUACAGAAAGCAGCAUCUACCAUCAAGGCGGUGGCCCAAGCUGUCCUGCUAUAGACUGGACCCCGUGUUCAGUGGCUCCUGCCAAGGCACACACAGACAGAACUCAGGCUUCUUGCUGGCCAGGCAGUGACCUAAAGAGAACUCGGAUAUUUGAUGUUUGCUACCAAAUGGUAUGGAUGUGAACAAAUGUGUGACUAUGAAAAGGAUGGAUGCUGGUUAUUUUUUAAAAAGAAAACACAUCUAAAAGCCCAGGAACUUAUAUUUUUAAAGAGAAAGACUAUUGAUAGCAUAUAUCUAGUAUUUAAAUGUGCUACUUAAAUAUUUUAUUACGCUAGUGUUUUAUAUUCUUUUUUGUUGUUUAAAAUUGGCACUUCAGUUUCUCUUCUCUCCCUUCUAUAGAACAAUUCUGUAAGCACUCCUUAAUGUUUCAUAGAAAAAUGACUGCAACUUAAUUAAGGCUAAGAGGAACACUUCAUAUGUGAAACAGAAUUUACUGUCAAAGGUCUAAUUCAUUAUAUAAAGCUAAAUGGUGGCUAAUCUGCAAAGGGACACUUUUCGUGUGAUUAUUAUAAAUUUCAUUAUAAUGUAUUUGAAUCCUAGAAUUGUAUGUACAUGGAUAUUGAUGUUUUAUCAUUUCUAAUCUGAGCAUCCCUAACCAGCAAAUACUUCCUAAGUGAGUAAUAAUUUCAACCAAACACCUUUUAUUUUAAUGUAACUGGCCUUAGGUUUAUUAUGGGUUAACUUCUAAUAUGUUUAGAAAAAGGGUUAUUGUAUUGAUCCCAAAAUAUAAAUCAUGUCCUUGGUAUUUUUGAAUAUUUCAAAUGCACGCUUUUUCUAAGCUAAGAAACAUGAGAACUUUUUUCUUUUCAUUUUACAAAUUCCAUAUAUCUAAGAAAGACUUGAAAGCACUAAAAGUAAUUUUUAAGCUGUAUUUCAGCUGUUUGUUCUUUAAUAAGCCAAAUUAAGUAGUAUAAAGGUUUGUGAUAUGCUGUACAAGAUAGCACAUAAAUUAACAACACCAUUCUUUGUUUUAUUAAAUAAGAUAAAGGAAUAAAAUUGUAAAACAAAAAUGUCAUUUUAUAAUCUAUGUUCAUAUUGACAAAUGGUUUUCAAUGUCUUUUUAAAUGACACAAUAAUUUUUUAAUGUUAAGUUUCUAUUUUGCUUGAGGUAUUUCGUACAUAUGUGCCUUGUGAUUGCUGCUGCUUUAAAGGAUACAGUACUGUCUAGGGGGUGAGUCUGUUUUGUUUUUCUCUUUAAUGAAAUAAAUCUACA